UUCCUAUUCUAAUUGGCAACAAGUGCUAUUUGAUAAUUGAUUGUUUUAGUCGCUUAUAUUGAUGCUAUGGAGGGCUGUGUUGUGGAAUAGCAUAUUGUAGACUUUUUGUUCAUUCUUAUUUGUCGUAUGUAAACUUGUCAUGCUUUGUCAUUUUGAUGGGCAUAUAUGGUUAAUAAACAAAUAGUUUGGAGGACUAUGCUGUUAUCAUGCGGGUAAGUACAGAUGUGAUGAACAUGAGAGUAGACUUUUGCAUUUUGCAAGUUGCUAGAAGAGCACAUGAGAAUUUCAUUGAACAGAAAAUUUUUAUUGAUCAUUGAUGUGAGGAAGGGAAUUGUCUUACAUACUGUCUUUUUCUUUCUUGUGGCUAAACCUGCAUUUAGGAAAGAGAUGGCUUAACAUGAUCAACAUAUAUGAUUUAAAUUUAUUUAUUUCUUAUAACUUGGAUGAAAUAAUGCAAAGAUAUUUAACAGAGAUUUUAUUUUUUAUUUUUUUAUGUACAGAUACAUUUAUUAAUGCAUAGGACUUGCUAGUUUAAAUUCUAUGCUGGCAAAUAAUGUAAUUCUCACAUUGUUUAGAAAAAUGGAACCUUGCAUGGCAGCUAGAAGUGGCUGGAUAAAUUAUAAGACUUGUUAGGCAAUAUUAGGUGAGUAAUCUUCAAAUUGCUGGCAUUAGAUGCAUUUAUAAGGAUAUGGGUGUUAAAAAAAGAGCCCGGGCAUUAUUAUUAUUUAAUUAAGGGAUAUGUCUUUAACUCUCCAAAUCUCUUUAAUAUCAAAAUGAAAUAAUGAUGUCAGUUGUUAUUCCGAAGACUACAACCAUCAAGUUAAAGGUGUAAUAUCUAUAAAAUGCCGUUUAUUGUGUAAAGGACAUAUGCUUCUAGAAUCUAGAAUAAAGUGAUCCAAGUUCAUUUACUAAAAUGAUAUAAUUAUCAAAAUGAACACAUAUAUUGGUGGAGAGCUGUGGGAAAUAUAUAUUUGCUAAAAGGUUUUCACCAUUUGUGGAUAUCUAGUAAAAGUGCCAUUAGAAGGUACUCAGAGGCCUAAUUUUUAAUAAGAAUGACAGAUAGGGGAGAGUUAAAAGGCUUAGGCUAAAUUAAGCCAAUUAAGCUAAAAAGGAAUUCUUUUAAUUGGCCAACUAAAAUAGUAAGAGGACUAUGGCAAAUAAUCUACUUUAAAAGGGGGAAAUGUACCUGUUUGGAAGGAAUAAGGAAUUGGAAUGGAUGUAUGAGCAACAUUAGAGUAGUUUAUGGUUGGACUUUAGAGAAUAUAGUGGAAGAUAGGAGAAGCUUGUAAUUGUAAAGUGGUUUAUUGAUAUAUUUGGUGGGAAUCUGUGGGUCCGUAAGAGAUUUUAGAAUAGCGGAGUCAGAAUUUCAAUCGUGCUUCUAUUUAUUUGGUCAAACAAGAUAUAGAGGUCUAUUUCUUGAGGAUCUAUUUUAGGCUGUGAUGGGACUGUGAUUAAUUGUUAAGGUGGGAACUUUUUAGAGAAUUAAUUUUGUUCAUCUCUGAAUGCUCUAUUUUUUAAAUUUUUUCACAGGUACAACAAAUAGGAAACCUUGGAAAAGGCCAAAUUUAGCAUAAUAUCGUAAGCAGGAAGAAACGUUAGUACAAGAAUUAUCAUCUGUAUAUCAAUCGACCUUACACAGCUAGUAGUUUAACUAGAAAACUUGUGUUUAGCAUUUAUUCUUUUGCUUUCUGUACUUUCAUCAUACCAUCAUUAUUGUUUAUUUAUGGUUUUUAAAGUUCUCAGUGAUAAUAUCGUAAGUAGGAAGAAAGUUGUUUAUGCAGUAUUGGAGUUUAUUUUGUUACAGUUUUUCCUACUGGUUGUGAUCCUGAAUGAAAGUGAAUGCAGAACUCAACUAUCCCAAUGCAAUGUGAAUUGCCAGCUAUGAUGGAGUCAUGGAGCCAUAUCAUCUGAGCCUCACACUUUUCACAUUUUGCUGCAUGAGUUUCAUAUGUUCCUGGCCAACCGAUAGCAUCUAUGAUCUGCCUCAUUUCAGCUAUGAACACCAUGAUCAAGAAGGUGAUAGAUGAAGGCAUGAACAAGUUGGUUCUUAUCACUUUCAGGCAGUUGAUUGCCACUUUGGUGCUUACUCCCAUAGCCUAUUUCAGUGAGAGGAAAUCAAGACCUAAGAUGACGACUCAGAUUUUUGUUUAUCUAUUCUUUAGUGCCUUGUUUGGGGCCUCCUUAACUCAGUAUUUGUUUUUUCUUGGAAUGGAAUAUACAUCUGCAACCUUUGCUUGUGCCUUCCUCAACACAACUCCUGCUCUCACAUUUCUGAUUGCCGUAGGUUUCAGGUUGGAGACUCUGAAUUUGAAGAGCAAGACAGGGAUAGCCAAGAUGCUUGGCACUUUCAUGUGCGUCACUGGUGCAAUGCUGAUGACAUUCUACAAAGGCACAACAUUGAACAAAACAUCUCAUAUCCCGGUCCCAGUUCACCACCAUCAACCCACCACCAUUCAUGAGCACAGUUCUGAGAAAUGGAUGCUUGGCUCAAUGGCCUUGAUAGCUGGCAGCAUCAGCUGGUCCUCCUGGUUUGUAGUACAAACAAGGCUUGGCCACAAGUAUCCGGCCCUCUAUUCAUGCACCGCCAUCAUCUUCUUCAUCAGCUUCCUUCAAGCUGCCACACUAAGCAUAGUCACUGAACGCCACUUUUCUAUUUGGGCUCUAACAAAUAAAUACGAGAUCUUUGUCGUUUUGUUUGCGGGGCUUAUAGGAUCAGGAUUCGGGUUCUUGGCAAUGUCAUGGUGUGUGCAGAAAAGAGGACCUGUUUUCACAACCGCAUUCAGUCCAUUGAUACAAAUCAUUGUUGCCGGUGUCGACUUCUGUGUCCUACAUGGACCCCUCUACCUUGGAAGUGUUUUGGGGUCUGGCCUUGUGAUUGUAGGACUCUACUUCUUACUCUGGGGCAAGAGCAAUGAAGCUCAAUGUCCUCCUGUGAAACAAACACAAGAACUUGGUGAGGCACAGACAAUUGUGUGACAAUCUGAAUGAAUCCCUCAUCUCAAGUUUGUAUUUUGUAUUUGGUGUGUGGUUUUGAAAAGAGUUGUAAUCUUUAUUUAGUCUUUACUUUUGUUGCUUAGUAUAUAUUGCAUCAUCAGAAAUAUGUAAUUGUGUAAGUUCAUAUUAUUAAAAUCCACCAUCCAUGAACACAAUCAUCAAAUGUGAAA